UUGCAAAACAUCCAGCUGGGCAGCGUUGGAUGAGGAGGAGAGUCACCGAGAAAAAUCAGGAUAACGAAGUUACACCAAAAUGAUGCUGUCAGAAGUCCUUCAGGUUCUGCGGGGGGCUGGUAAAGUAGGCUCUGCCCUGGUCACCACCCAGGGGGAGCAGCUCCGAUUAAUGGCCUGCAACUCCACCCUGGGAGCAGGAGUCAAAGUUGCUCAAGAUGUGGUGGAAGGUCUGGUGGGCACCUUUAUGGGCGGCACUGGUCAGCAGCAGUCAAUAAAGGAGGAUGUGUUUCCCGAUGCGGAGGGCUGGGAGACUAUGGACCCUGAUGAAGUAGCCAAAUGGAGUGUGGCGUCUGAGUUCUCCUCUGAUGGAGCGGAGCAAAGCCAGGGAGAAGCUGGACCUUCAUCACAGAUGCACACAGGAGCACAUCCUAAUCCAGGGACAGCAGGAGGGGCAGGCUGGCCAGGACAGAGCGCUCGCUUCCUCCACACCGCCCCCAGCCUCCACCGGUACCACUACUACCAGACCAGGUCUGCCCACAACUCGGUGGUGGCCAGACUCACGCCAGAGGACAUCAAGAAAGCCAGAGAGGCAAAGCAGGCCCUGACUAAACCUGUUAAACAGAAGCUGAGUGAACGCGCCAAAGAGAGGAAGGUUCCUGCAACAAGAAUCAGCCGACUGGUUAAUUUUGGGGGACUGGCGGUCGGACUGGGGCUCGGUGCCAUCGCAGAAGUGGCAAAGCAGUCGAUGGGAGGCAAACAUAAAGGAGAAAUGAGCGCCCUGCUAGACUCUCCUUUCUUGUCAGAGGCCAACGCUGAGAGAAUAGUCAGCACGUUGUGUAAAGUUCGUGGAGCUGCACUGAAGAUAGGCCAGAUGCUCAGCAUACAAGACAACUCCUUUAUCAACCCCCAGCUGCAGAAGAUCUUUGAAAGGGUCCGACAGAGCGCAGACUUCAUGCCCGCAUGGCAGAUGAGUAAAGUUCUAGAGGAGGACUUGGGGCCGGGCUGGCGAGAGAAGCUCUCCAUCUUUGAGGACAAACCAUUUGCUGCAGCAUCCAUUGGCCAAGUGCAUUAUGGGGUGUUGAAGGAUGGUAGAGAAAUUGCCAUGAAGAUCCAGUAUCCCGGAGUGGCAGAAAGCAUCCACAGUGACAUCAACAACCUGAUGUCUGUGCUGAAAAUGAGCGUGGUCCUGCCUGAAGGUCUUUUUGCCGACAGCAGUUUAGAGGUUCUUCAAAGGGAGCUGGAAUGGGAGUGUGACUAUAAGAGGGAGGCAGAGUGUGCCAAGAAGUUCAGGUCGCUGGUGGAGGGAGACGAGUAUUUCCAAGUCCCUGAGGUGAUUGAUGAGCUGUCAGGAUCCAGAGUGCUGGCCAUGGAGCUGGUGCACGGAGUCCCUCUGGACCGCUGUGUAGACCUGGACCAGGAGACAAGAAACCAGAUCUGUUUCAACAUCCUCCAGCUGUGUCUCCGAGAGCUCUUUGAGUUCAGGUUCAUGCAGACGGAUCCGAACUGGGCCAACUUCUUCUACAACUCCGACACCAACAAGGUUAUUUUGCUGGACUUUGGCGCGUGCAGAGGCUACCCGGAAUCAUUCACAGACGAUUAUGUACAGGUGGUUUAUGCAGCUUCCAGGGGAGAUCGAGCCACAGUUCUGUCCAAAUCAAAAGACUUGAAAUUCCUCACAGGCUUCGAGACCAAGGCCUACCAGGAAGCCCACGUGGAGGCGGUGAUGAUCCUCGGUGAAGCCUUUGCAUCUGCGGAGCCCUUCGACUUCGGCACCCAGAGCACCACCCAGCGCAUCCAGAACCUCAUCCCCGUCAUGCUGCGCCACCGCCUCACCCCUCCGCCCGAGGAGUCGUACUCCCUCCACCGCAAGAUGGCCGGCUCCUUCCUCAUCUGCUCCAAGCUGAAGGCGCGUAUAGCCUGCAAGGACAUGUUCCUGGACAUUUACAACGCCUACAACCAGAGGAGGCAGGCGGCGCAGGCGAGCGCUUAGAGGCUCAAAGGCAAGGUCGCUGGCUGAAUAUGCCAAGAACUGUUUCAGAGUUGGCUCCCGAGUACAAGGACAGAAACAUUUAGUCUUGAAUCCAGAGGUGGGGACACGUCAUCGGACGUACCUGAGGCUCGACAUGACGUCUGUUGGUAACCUGCUGCUGUCAAUGCGCUCUAAUGAGGACCAUGUGACUUUCUCUACUUUACUUCAGUGUGAGGGAAUGAUUUUGGGAUGUUUUAGUGUCUCACUGAGGUGUGACUCAGGUCAGGUACAGACAAGUCAUACAUUAUAUUAACACUGAACGGAAUUUGAAUGAAAAUGAUGGUGUCAUAAAUAUUUAUAUAUAUACGGUGGAGCCCAGAAGGCUCCAUGACUGAUUAAAUAAUAAUGUUUGAUUCUCUCCAUCACAGCAGACGAACAAUGCAAGGCUACAGCUUUUUAAAAAGGCAAGAUGUAUAUUUUCAGCGCUGCCGUGGCUAAAAUGAAUCCAUCCCCACUUCCACUCCCUUUGAGAGCGAUGUCCGCCAUAUUUCUAAGAGAACGAGUAUCUUGUGUCUUCAGGGCAGAUAAUAAGCCCCGCGUUGAAUAGCUGAUGCUGCCAAGUGCUCUCCUUUGUUAGGAGGACUUUGUGUGCUGCCUGAUGAGUUGGUGAAUAAAGCUUUCACCUAAAUGUGAUGGCUGCCCGACUAGAUGAGCAGAUUAUCAAAGGAAUUAGAGAAGACAGUCUAAUGGAACCCUGCUGAGUAAUGGCCUUGCAUUAUAAAGUGUACUUGACAUAAAACUCCAUAAUGUGAACACUGUCAGACAUUUUUAAGGCUUUAGCACUUCUUUAUUACAGAGAUGUGUGCUGUGUUCUAAGUGGCAGUGUGCUGUGCAUGUUUUUUUUAAUGAAAUAAUAAAAAAAAAACAUACAAGA